AUGGUCAUCCUCAAGUGCCUGCAUCUGGUCAAGAAAGCUUGGACAUCUGUGCAUCCGCACGUACUGAUCAACGCUUUCAUAAAAGUUGGUUUCAAAUCAACAUUGAACCAACCAAUGAUACAGACACCAGAGAAUAGCCGCGAUCUGAUCGAAGACUUUGCUCACUAUGUGUUCAUUGAUGAAUGUCUGUCUGGAGAAGUCGCCUGUUUAGAAUUUCAUGAUGAAGAAUUAGACGAACUCUUUUCGAACCCAGCUAAGCGUCGCAAAGAAGAAGAUGAAUAUGGAGCAUUUAAUGCGCUUCAAUCGCAAAAGCACUGGACCAAUCGAAGUUGUUUGCCUUGGCUAAUGCUCGAAUUUCGGGUCCAUUAUUGGAGUGCACAGUUGAUUUAA